AUGCUCGGCCGUCUCUUCUCAACCGCUAACUCUACUACAACCUCCCCCGGCGGUACCCGUCCCUCUACCGCUGCCCUCCCCGACACAGAAGAACUCCACACCCGCGCCCUCCUCUACCCGGACCUGCUCACGCCAUCCUCCUCCUUCACAUCCUGCCUCAGCCUCUCUCACACACAUUCGCACACCUCCAGCACACACGCAGAACCCCCAACAAUCGACCUCGACGCCGCCCGCGACGUGCGCGUCAUCAUCGCGCAGGACGCCACGGCCUCGGAACACAAAUGUGCGCUCUACGACUCCAAGCCGUCAUCAGAUCCGCCCAGCUACAGCGCCGCCACCGACGACACCGGCCCGCUAUCGCCCGGAUUAGGCGCAUCGCAGUACAACCGCUCGCGGCGGCGCCCGCCGUCCGCGCAGUACUACAGCAAUGCGACAUGCCUGAGCUCCUCCGGCGGCGACAGAGGCGCUGGUGGUGCGGGUAUGGGCAGUGGCGGGGUGGAGGACGAGAUGAGGGUGCUGACGGACUGCAUGUUUGGGUCGGCGCCGCUGGCAUAUAAGGGACCCUCGACGAAGGUGCAUAUUCUGCCGGACAAUGUGGAGGAGAAGAAGGCGCCGCGGAGGGGCUCGAGGGCGCCGUCGUUUAGUACGGCGUAUGCCGCGCAGCAGCAGGAUGUGGCGGCGGCGUCACAGCAGCAUCAUACACAGAGCCAGCAGAAGGAGAAGCGGAAGUCGGUGCUCAUCACGAGGCUGUUUUCGGUGGUGAUCCCGCCAACUCCGCCGAUGACGGCGUAUACGACCGCGGUGUUGAGGGAUCAUACGCCGACGCCCGCGAGCUCGUUGGGGUCUAGUCAUGGGUUUCCGUUUCCGAAGAUGACGGCGAAUGGAGGAGCUGUGCCAACGACGCCAGGCGGUGCCGGAGGUGCGGGCGUAAAGUUCGUGAAGCCGCCAAAAACGUCAAUGUAUGCCGUCGGCGUGAUCAUUUCCCUCCCGCAGCCACCGCCACCACCAGCAGCGGCACAGCCAUAUUCAUGCGGGUCCGCAGGGUCGUCCAUGCACCGGUGCUGCUGCCAGUCACUGCCGUUCGGCGCAUUCGACGGCGGCGAGUUCUGCUGUAACACGCCACCCUCGUUUGAGGAGGACUACCAGCCACCGUCUAUGGCCGACCGAAGCGGCGGGUUUGCAGACGACUUCUUGCUGCCGCCGUCGGGCGCUGACGACCGAAUGGACCUGGUGACUAAGCACUGGGACGUCAUCAAUCGGGCGUUAUCGGAUCUGCAGCGCGUCGCGCAAGUGCGGAUCUUGGAGCAUCUGAACCACCAGGGCGGCGCCGGCGGGACGCCCACCGCAUCAUGCCAGAACGGAUACAAGUACCGCAAGAAGGCCGAGCUACGCCAAGGCACGCUGAUGCGGGACGAGGUAGUGCGCAGGGAGGUGGAGCGGCUGCGGUGGCGGAUCGUUGCCGGAAUCAGGACGCCGCGGGUUAUCACAGGCCAGGGAAAGUGGGCCGUGUGGAAGGACGAGGCAAAGUGGGCCAAUGCCCGGUUUGGGGGGAGAGACAUGAACUUGUCAGUUGCCAUCCCGUGGUUGACCGCUGCUCAGGAUGCUAACAAGAGGUCUUGCAAAAACAGCUUUUUCCUCACGCUGCUGACGGCCUUUCUGGGACACCAUACCGAGUGGCUGGAUGUGCUGGGCCCGGCGCAGUAUCGGCUGCGGCACCAGCAGCAGCAGAAGGCCACGGCUAGCAGCGACGAGUGCGGAAUCCCUACAAGGACUGUGCUUCUCGCCGCGGAUAAGAUGGCCGCGAGACGGCUGAUCUAUCUGCUGUCGGCGUUCCUGCCGUCAAAGUCAUUGCCGCAAUGGGGUGAGGGCCUGGUCCCGCCACCGUCAAGGACAGACUCGAUGAAUUAUCUCUCGCAGUCCCCCCCGGUCUCUUCCUCCGGUGCAGGAAAGAAGAGCUCCCUCCGAAAGAAGGCCAAAAAGAAGCCUAGCAAGCUCAGCAUGGUCACUGGUGAAGCGGAUGAGCCCCUCCAGUCUGCUGUGGUUGGCUGGGACAUCCCGGCACCACAUGGAACUGAGCUGCCCCCGGCACCGGCGCAGCUGCCACUCGCACAUCCUUCCGCUGCCAGCGCCACGCUCAAGAAGCCGCUGCUGCCCACGGCCACCGUCAUCCCCACCAAUGCGCCGGCAUCAAGCCCGCAGAAGAUGCUCGCCCGGCCCGGGAGCAGCAGCAGCGUCGCCAGCAUGAACCUCAUGAACACGCUCAAGCGCACCGGCACGGCCAACACCAGCGCCGACUCGUCCGGCAGCUUCCUCAGCUUCCUGUCCUUCUGGAGCAACGCACGCACGGGGUCCACGGCACCGAGCGAGACAAGUACGCAGCCGGACGAGCAGCAGCCCUGCCAUCACAACGCGGCAAUCAAGAUCUGCGGCAGCGGCAGCGAUGACUUCCCCCGCAGCGGCCUCUAUCUCGACGACGAGGACCUCGCCCACCACAACCACCACCACCACAAGCACGUCCACCACAUCCCGCCGCCGCCACUCCACGCAUACGGCCUCGUCGAGAACGAGGUCCGCAUCUCCGUCGACGAGAGCGACGGCAUCGUCGACGUCGAUAUCCCGAUGCCGCCCAUGCACAUGCUCGACUUUGGCGCCGCAGGCACAACCUUCACAUCGCCCAUCAGCAGCCCGUCCAGCGGCGGCGGCUGGCCACAGUCACUCAUGGACACGGGUCUCGUGCGCUCAAACAGCAUGAGCUUCUCCAGCGCCAUGCUGAUGCCAAGCUUCAUGCCCGACCACGACGACAGCGGCCUCAACGUCGCGGGCUGGAUGGACGACGAGCUCUUCCACCCGGACUUUGCCCUGCAGGCCGUCAAGCCCUACCCCGACGUCGAGGAGGACAUCAAGCGUGCCAUGCGCGCGGAGCCCACGCCGCCGCAUGCGGCGGGCACCACGGGUGUCACGCCGUCGUCGGAGAGUGGCGAUGGGAAGUGGACUACGGUGUGCUCGGUGCUUAUCGCGGACACCAAGAAGCUGCAGAUUAAGCGGCUACGCCUGCGGCGGCGCCGGAGUGCCAAAGCGGCAACAGCCACAACGGCGGGAAUGCAGUCACCGCUCCCGAGUGCGCUGGGGGCGCAUAAGCAUCUGCACCCGGCGGUUGUGGCGCCGGCGGCGGCGCACCAGGAGGAGGAGGAGGGCGAGGAGGAGGAGGUGAUGGAUGAGGAGCUUGUGUGUGAUGUUGAUGACGUGCUGGCGACGGCCGUGGAGAGGGUCAUUGGCACGGCGGGCCACGAGGAAGAGGAGGAGAAUGUCGGCGUGCAGGUGUGCAAGUGCAUGGUCCUGGGGGCGCUCGAGAAUGUGGUCAAGGCGGUGGCCGUGGGGAGGGGAAGUGUCGUGGGGAAUGUGUUGACGGAGGGAGUCGCGAAGUGGUUGAGUGAGGUGGAGGAGUCGGCGGCGGCGGCGGCGGCGGCGGUUUGA